GCAGCAGCAUCUUGUGAAGCAGCAGCAGCAUCUUGUGAAGCAGCAGCAGCAUCUUGUGAAGCAGCAGCUCUUCUGGCCAAUCAACCUCCUGCUUAUCAAGAUGUUUUCUGAUCCACAAACUUCCUGUCUCUGAAACCUCAGUGAAACUGGCGCCGCCUCCCUCCUUCCUCUGCCGGCUGGCCCCUCCCCCGCCUGCUGCUGCUGCUGAGUGCCACGGUGUCGCAGCAGUUCAGGGCGAGCGGAGAACAGGUGAGUUAGUGCUGCUGCAUGGAGACGAUGCUGCCUGGCUGGACGAGCGUCCUGAUGCUGCUGCUGCUGCAGGUGGCCGGGAGCCGGGCCCAGAGCGGGGACCGCGACCCGGACUCAGAACUGAGCCUCAGCUGCAGCUCUCAUGUCAGCGUCCGGGCGAACAGCCUGACUUGCCAUCUGCUGGGACGCCAUAGAGACGAGGACGAUGAGGACGAUGAGGACAGAGACAGAGACCCCAUCGACAAGAUGAUUGUCUGCCAGGAGAGGAAGGAGAACAACAGAACGAAGCAGAAAUGUGUGAGGGCUGAUGGAGGCACGGUGAGCGGUCUGUGUCCAGUGACCGACGCCAACGUGACGGUCCACCGGCGGGGAGGAGGAUGGCUUUCAGCCAUCGUGCAGCUGCACAAGAUCGUGAAGCCCAAAAGUCCGUGGAUUCUCAACGUGACGAUGGAUCCCGUGAUGAACCGGGCUGUGAUCUACUUCCAGAUCCCCUACAGCAAAGACUACCUAAAUCUGGACAACCAGAUCUUCCAGCUCAACCUAUGGACCAACGGCAGCAACAUCAUCCAGAAUGUAACGUCUAAGAACUUCCUGCAGAUCGACAGGCAGCACCUCCGUCAGGACUCUGAGUACCGGGUCAGGGUCCAGUCCAUCCCUGCCAGCUCUCUGAAGGGAACCUGGAGCACCUGGAGCCCCGAGUUCUCCUUCCACACGCCGCCUGAGGAGAAGCCGCCGAGUCCCCAUGAGAUGGGGUGGACCGUCUCCGGACCCGUCCUGAGCUUCAUGUCUGCGCUGGUGGUUCUGUUCAGCAUCGUCAUCGUCUGGAAGUCGGGGAUCUUGUCCUACAUGUGGCCCAGCAUCCCACACCCCAAGCAGGCGCUGGUCCAGAUCUGCAAACCGAACAAGGGCCUGCUGCUGGACCUCAACCCCGAGGUCUUCAGCCCCCUGCGAGUCCUGCCGCUGGAGAAGCCGCAGGCGGAGGAGGCGGAGCCGCACAGGAGGCCCACUGGGGCCGGGUCCGCCGCCGGGUCCCAAUCCGGAUCCCAGUCUGGAUCCAGGUCCAGCUCCUCCCACAGCACCACUAGCAGCGCCUCCAGCGCCGGCACCGAGGAGCUGGAGAUCUCAGCGCUGCUGAGCUGCUCGGACGGUGAGGACAGCGUCCCCAGCAGCGCCCCGUCCCCCGUCGACGUCCCGCGGCGCGGAGACGAGUCGCAGAACCUUCUGGCCCGGCGUGGCGGCCCGGGGCAGGAGGAGGCCUACGUCACCAUGUCCAGCUUCUACCAGAGCCAGUAGCACAGCGCCACCAGCUGGAGGACCAGCGUCUCAUCUGUCCUUCACAUCUGACUCCCAAAGCUGGACUCAUACGACCUUUGACCCUUCCUCAGGCAUCUCUGUUCAUUCUUCAGGGCUCCUCUCAGUAUUUGACCUUUGACCUCAUAUAGCUGCUUCCUGACUGGACCCGGUCGGUGGGUCCCCAGUCCCCCAGAACCUGAGAACAACCAGUUCCUCUUACUGGUCCCAGCGCUCACAUUCACACUAACAGGAUGAGUCACAUGGUCGACGGCAGCCAAUCAGAGCCCAGCUUCUUCUCUGUCCCUGAUUGGCUCAGGAAACGAUUUUAUUUUAUCAGUUUGAUUGAAUAUUACAGCCUGAAUGAGGAGAAUAAAUAAUUUAAUUUGGAGAAUAAAGUCAUAAUAUUAUCAGAAUAAAGAGAAAAACCUGAGAUAUUAUCAGAUGUGAAUCAUCUGCAGGUUUUUAUUUCUAGUCAAUGUUUAAAUCCUGUGACUGAUAAUCUGAUGCUGAUAUGAUAAAAACUUAUAAACCCAUAAAGAUGAUCCUCAUUUUAACAAAGAUAAAAAAAGUCUUUAAAUGGAGGAACUGAAAAAAUCAUUCUGACAAAACGACAAAUUUAUUCUGUUAUUACGGCUUUACUCUCAUGUUAUUAUCAUUAUUAUCAU